CGUAUUCGAAAGAGAUAUGGAUCCUGACGAGCAAGACAGAAAUAGAAGGCUUUAUUUCAAAAACCUCCGCAAAGAACAGAAGAAACGUCGAAAAGAGAGGAAGAAAGAAGAAUUACGGAGAAGUCAAGAAGAGAGAAGAAAAGAGCAGUUUGACGCUUUGGUGCAAAAUGUCAGGCAAAGAGUUGUAGCGGGCGAAGAUCUGAAACAAGGGGAAACCGACGAAUUCGCAGAGCUUUUUGCGAACGAUAUCUAUCUAGCCAUCAACUGUCCAUUCCCUAAUGUGCCAGUUAGCGGGGGUGGAAAUUGCACGGCGACGACCAAAGAACAGGCCGAGAGGAUGGACAUGGAACGAAGGGAAGCGGUUAGCCAAAGUAGGUCGGUGGUUCGACAGCCCGCAAGUUCGACACCAAAAUUGGAGAGGGAGAGACACCAGCUCACCGAGAUUGACCCAAAGAACAUUGUUUUACUGGGAAAAACAAUCGGAAAGGGAACAUUCGGCACUUGCCAACUCGCCGACUACAGAAGCAUGACCGUUGUUCUCAAACAAUUCACGGAAAUUAGUGGUAAGGAGCGUUCAUUCGAACGACAGAAAAAAGAAGUCUUGAACGAAGCGGGGGUGAUCUCCAGGCUAGGAGAUCACUGUGGCUUACCACUUCUUUUCGGCGUCCAAACACAGGCGGCACCAUGCAGUAUUGUACUGAAGUUCUUUGGCCACAAAGAUACGAGUGUUACAAUUUACCGAGCUGCAUGUAAAAAGAAGUUCCUCAGGAAUGAUCAGUGGAAGCUGGUUGUGAAACACGUCGGCGAGGCUCUUCAACACGUACACACCAAAGGCUACCUUCAUAACGACUUGAAGGCGAAUAAUGUGGUUCUUGAGGACAAGUCUCGCCAUUUCAAUCCCGUGAUCAUUGACUUCGGGAAGAGCACUAAAAUUGACGCGCCAGUGAAGAAGAAGUCAAUGACAAAAGCCGAACAAAAAAUCUACCGGCAAUCCUUUCCUCACAUCGCACCAGAAAUUAUCAACGGAACCAGGACACAAACUAUUGCCAGCGAUGUGUACUCAUUCGCCAAGUUGGUUCAAUUUCUUUGCGACAAAGAAGCCUUAAAUAUGGGCGCAGAACCUGAAAUCGUGAAAAACCUCGCACUUUCGGAGGAUCCAGAGGUCAGACCACAACUUAGCGCGCUCUUAAACUAAGACUGAACCACCGUAUACUGAAAAGACUGUACAGUAAGUAAAUAUUUUAGUUUGUAAGAAGACAUCAAUUUUAGCGUUGCUGGAAUUAUUGUGAUUUACUCUACCCGACAUUUGUCCAUAUUUAAAUCGGAAAGAGUAUUUAUCGCAUUAUUACAGUUAUGAAGAAGAGUUCUGGUUAUUGAAAUUUUUUAAAAAAGAACAAUUUAAAUCCAGGAAGACCAUGAAGUAUUUUUUUAAUUGCAUGGGCGGCCCGAAAUUUUGUGUUGUGUCACUAGAGCGUGGAAAGAGUCGCACAUACCAAUACAUGUAUUCACAAGGGACGCGGCAAGUUCGCACUUUGUCAUGAAAAAAAUUGAAAACAUUGCCGAUCCUUCGCCUGCGUUCUUAACUGACUUUGGUGAUUUCCACUCUAACUUGUAUUUAGGAAUUUAUAGAUCUCAUAGAUUACCAUGAUCAUAGAUUACAAUAAGGUAUUUUAAAUUGCGUAGGCGGCCCGAAGUUUUUGUGUCACUAGAGCGGGAAAAUAGUAUUCACAAGGAACGCGGCACGUCCGCACUUUGCCCUGAAAAAAGUGAAAACGUCGAUCCGUUAACUGUAGACUUAAUUCUAAUUUUUUAGAGUUUUACUUAGCCAGACUUCAAUUUGGCUUUUGUGGUUUCCACUUAUGAAGUCGUUUAUAGGAAUUUAGCUGUCUAAAAUGAAUUGCAAUCGUUUUUGCCUAAGUCUAAUAAAGGUAGUUGUAUAUAGCUUGGCUUUGAGUCUCACUUUGUUUGAAGCUACACAUGGCAACAAAUUAUCCGACAUACAGUACGUUUACCAGUAAAAUCUUCACGGGGAAUUUGUUUUUGUGAUGAUCUAUGACUCAUGAAUUUUCCGGCUGAAAGCGCGAAAAUGCGCCCCGUCUGAAAUGAAUCUGUCAUUAUCUACUUAAUAACGCGGCAUUAACGUUGUCGGGUUUAUGCCGACUUUAACACCUUUCUCCGGCGUAAUGGAUUUGAUCUGGUUCUUCAAGGGUUUAUGUUACCUAAAACGCCCCGCUGUUUUGGUAAAUUUUUUUAACCCAAACAGCGGGUGUCUGGAUUCCUAAGAAGGGUUA